GUAAGCUGCGAAAUAAGCUUGAUACAUUAGACUAGUUUAUUUUUGUAUUUUGAAAACAUUGGAUUAGUUUUGCAAAUAACAGAAACAGAAAUCAAUUUCGAGUGAGUGAAACUCGAAGAAUUCAGCUGAGAAAGAUGCAUCCAGGGAUGUGGCGGUAUCCUAGAAAUCCCGACCUCUGCUGUAUCUACAGAGUCCCAAACCGUAUACGUGAAGUAAAUCCAGAAGCCUACACGCCUCAGUUAGUCCUUAUUGGACCUCUCCACCAUUCAUUAAAAUCUCAAGCUCUCAAUGCUCUUGAUCGUGGAGAGGAUAUUACAUACACAAAGUCAAUGGGUUACUUAAACAUGGAACAGCAUAAGAAGACUUACUUAGCAGAAUUCGCAGCAAGGGUUGAAGGGGAAAAGACCAUCGAUAGAUUCAGAAGAAUCAUUAAAGAAGAGGAAGAGGCAAUCAGGGCAUGCUAUUCAGAAUCAACGGCAUGGAUUCGAUCUCCAGAGUUCGUGGAGAUGGUCCUGCACGACUCUGUUUUCAUAAUAGAGUUCCUACUGAGGUAUUUGGGAGGAGCAGAGAAGAAAGAAGAUCCUCUCGGUCUAUGUCUUGGAGACACAGUCUAUCAUGAUCUCAUCUUGCUCGAAAACCAACUUCCUUACUUCAUCCUUGAGGAACUCUUCGAUCCAAUCGUUCCAAGAAUCUGCCGGCUCCAAACAUUCCGGGAAGUAGUCAUCUGGUUAUUCGACUUCAAAGGUAAAAUCGGAACGGAUUCCAAAUUUAGACAUUUCACUGAUCUUUUCAGGUGUGUUCGUGUGGAGACACUUCCUGAGUAUGUUGGAGAUUCCAAACCCAUAGAACAUAUGUAUAAUGCAAGUAAGCUAGAAAUUGGAGGAAUAAAUUUCAAGGCCGUAGGAGAGAAGUUCUCGUUGAAUGUGAGAUUCGAGAAUGGUUGUUUAGAGAUGUCUCAUCUUAUGGUUAUGGACACACUUGAGAAUGAACUGAGAAACAUAAUGGCUCUUGAGCAAUGCCAUUAUGUUUUCAAUGCUCACGUAUGUAACUACGUCUUAUUCCUAGAUUACCUCAUUGACACUGAUAAAGACGUUGACUUGCUUGUCGAGAAAGGAAUCAUACAAAACUGGAUGGGGCAACCCGCAUUAGUCUCCCAGAUGGUGAACAAGCUCAGCGUGGGCAUCUUACACUAUAAACCUUACUAUUCUAAAACAGUGGCUGAAGUCAACGAGUACUAUAGAAACCCGGUGAAUAGGUCAAAGGCCGUCCUCAAGCGUGUGUAUUUUGGUAACCUGUGGACAGGAACAGCCACCAUCGCCGCUACAUUUCUAUUGGUGAUGACACUUAUCCAGACUGUGGCAUCGAUCAUUCAGGUUAAGCAGAACUAAUCUCUAUCUUUAUCUCUCUCUCUAGUUCGUUUUCGGUUUCCAACAUGGUCGUGGGUACUAGUACGUUAUUUUUAUAUUCUUCUGUCUUUUGUAGCUCUCUUUUAUGAUAAUCUGUAUCCUGAAGCUAUUAUUAAAGUAGUCAAACACACAAGUUGUAAUUUAUAAAACUGUUCUUCGGUUUAUUAUCUUUCUUA